GCAGCAGUAAGGAGAAGAGAAAAAUUGUAUAUCUGUUUCCUCUGACAAGUGCGUACGUGCCAGGUGACCGGAGCGUACUUGCGUGCGCGCGCGCGGGGCGAAGGAUCUCUCAUAUAUAAGUCGCGGGGUCGAACUCGGACCUCAUUCCAGACACAGCUGUGGUUGCGUCAAGAACUCGUUCCGACUAAGCUUCACAAAAAUUAUUAAUUGAAGAGCAUUUUCCGUUAUAUAUAACGUAUUGUUUGUUGGCAAUUAUCUUCCGUUGUAUCUAGAUUCCGCCAUGAAGCUCGAGCCGGCCAGCCACUUGUCCCAGCGCGGCUCCCACGCUGCCAACUACGGCGACUUCAUCAUGACUUACUUCAAGGAGGCGCUGAAGAAUCCUUACCAUCCAAAGCUUAAUCCAAAGGGCAUCAUCAACAUGGGCACGGCGAUCAACCGUUUAAUGGAAACAGAACUGGCCGCCCGCAUCACGCAGGGAGACGCCCUCGCCUACACGCCCGCGCACCAGCACUACUACGAGCUCUCUGGCACCGCCCAGCUGAGACAGGCACUCGCGGGAUUCUUCACGAGGCACUUUUGUCCCGGCAGGAACGUUUCUCCCGAUAAUCUGGUGGUGAUGAACGGCGUGGGGGCGUGUCUGGACUCCCUAGGCCACGCCCUCUGCGAUCCCGGCGACGUCCUUCUCACGCCGACACCGGUCUAUGGGCGCAUCUUCACCGAUUUCUGCGACAGGUCCUUGGUGUGUGUGGAACCUAUCGACACGUCACAAGAGACCAACGUCGAUGGCAUGACCUUCGACCUUCGUCCGGAGGACGUCGAGGAGCGGAUUGUCCAGCUGACCUCGGAAGGCAAGAGGGUUCGCGGUCUGGUGCUCCUUCAUCCCCACAACCCUCUCGGCACCUCCUACAGUCCUGAGCUCCUUCGAAAGAUCUUCGCUGUCUGCGCUCGACACCAGAUGCAUGUCAUUGUGGACGAGAUUUACGCCCUCUCAGUAUUCGACACUUCAGCACCCCACCAGAGUGUCCUUUCCCUGGAUGAUCUUCCGGACCCUGAGAAAACGCACGUGCUCUGGGGUCUCACGAAGGAUUUCGCCCUUGCCGGCUUCAGAGUAGGUGUUAUCCACACGCAAAGUAAGGAGCUUCUGCAGUGCCUUCGAGCCGUGUCUACAUACCAGUGCACGCCACACCUCAUUCAGCACGCGGCAGCAACACUCCUCAACGACAUAGAAUGGUGCGACAACUUCUACCUUCCCACCAACCAAAGGAGGAUGCAGGAGGCAUACACGAAGGCCCUGAAGCGUUUGGAAGGGAUGGGCGUAAAAGUGAGGAGAUCUCAAGCAGGUUUCUUCGUCUGGGCCAAUUUGCAGUCGUUCCUUUGCCCUUGCACUGAGGAGGAAGAGCUAAAAUUGUUCGAAGAGCUGUUCGAGAGCGGCCUUUUCCUCGUCCCGGGAUCCAAACUGUACUGCGUGAAUCCUGGUUGGUUUAGGUUUAUCUUCACUAUUGCACCUGAGGAUUUAGACGAAGCACUGAACAAAGUAGAACUCGUGCUAUGCCGCAGAAGAACACCCAGGAAACACAGGCCGGUUGCUCUCUAAGUCCAGCCACAGACACAGAGCCAGACAGUUCAAAUCUAGAAAAAGGGUUUCAAAACUCUACUCCGUAUUGGUCGGACGCUGGUGGAUUUCAGGACAUAUUUCUUUCAUAAACAUUUUUUUAGAUAUUUGUUCUCUGAAACUUAAACUCGAUUUCAGAUUGUCAUGUUAUAUUGGACGAAAAAAGUUAUUUAAAGAUAUGCCUAAUGACGGUGUUCUUGUUCAUGUUACAUUACUUCCUUGUCUCACCUUUUAUGUAAAUAUAAAUUCUAGAGCGUUUCUUUCCAAAGAUAACGUUUUGUUUUAUAUGUAAAUACUGUAAAUAAAACGUUUCUAUCUAUAUAUGUUAAUAGUGAUAUAUUUUUGUACCGUAUUUAUUGCCUGUAGACUUCAGUAUGAGCUGCAAUUUACAGGUUCUUUGUAAAAUUAAGUAUACAGGAAUUAGACGGUCACUGCUCUCUUCCCUGUUAUUAUUUCUGUUAAAGAAAUAAUUGUCUUGAAACACUGAUUUUUUCAGAAGUAUCAAUUGUGGUAUUUCAUAGUUGCCAUAUGUCUGUAAGGUAUUUUUGGGUUGUGCAUAGUUCUUUUGAUAUUUGUUUUGCAUAUUUUGGAAAUAUGAAAUAAAUUAUGAAUAAGUGAA